CAAUUCCAUUUCUUGUGGGAUAGAACCCACCAAUAAUGGGUACUCUUAAAUAAUUUGAUCCUUCUUUUAAUUUUUUUCUAGUUAUUACCUCUUCUACUUGCUCUUGAUUCAUUCAUUCAAGCUUUGGAACUUAUUCUUAGAGGUACACAAUGAACGAUUGGGCUCCUCCUCUCAUAGCUGCUGCUCUGUUUUGGCUAUUGAGUCCAGGAAUGAUCUUUCAGUUGCCGGGGAAGAAUGCGCCAUUCGAGUUUAUGAACAUGAAGACUACUGUUGCAUCCAUUUUUGUACACACUGUUAUUUAUGGUCUCUUUCUGAUGUUGUUCUUCAUUGUUCUCUCUGUCCAUGUUUAUAUCUAGGCAGCAGCAAAGGCUAUGUUAAGAAAUCUGACAUGUUGUGUUGUCUUUUGAAGUAGAAUUUAGAAAAAGUGUCUAUCUGUUCCUAUAUGUGCACUUAUGAAUUUCUUGUUGUCUUCUUAUAGUUAGGUCCUAAAGCUUAAUUUCCUGAGAAUUUGUAGCUUUUUACCAUAUUAACUUGGUGCUUCCUCAGAAA